ACACACACACACACACACACACACACACACACACACAGUGGUCAUGUGACCUGUGUGUGUUGACCAGUUUAAAUGCUGCGGAGUGAUCUACUUCACUGAUUGGCUGGAGAUGACAGAGAUGGAGUGGCCUCCUGACUCCUGCUGCUCCAAUCAGUAUCCAGGCUGCGCUCGCCACGCCCACUACCACGACCUGAGUGACCUCCACCAAGAGGGCUGCGGUCCAAAGAUCUACAGUUUCAUUCGUGGGACAAAGCAGUUGCAGGCAUUGCGUUUCCUGGGUGUGUCCAUUGGCGUAGCUCAGAUCCUGGCGAUGGCGCUCACCCUCACGCUGCUCUGGGCACUUUAUUAUGGACGAACGUCUCCAGGCCUGGACUCCAUGACGCCCCCGAUGGACUCCACCCCUGACACUGUGACGCAUGGAGCCUCAGCUGAAGCUUCAGGCAGCAACAAAACUAACAUGUCCGCUGCCUCCGUGCCGCAGGAACACCAUUUUGAGAUGGAGCGCCUGUCGUAGCCGUGGGGACAAGCAGGAAGUGAAGUCUGAGAUGUGUUAACAUGUGACAUCAUCAGGUGACGAAACAGAAACUGAGGAAAACACGACGUGAGAAAAAAACGUAAAAACCAAUGAGACAUUAAAAAUCAGUGAAAUCAACGAGAGAUUUAGAAACAACAACCUGUCACAUGACGCUCCUCGUGAGUUUGAAAUAAAGAACACGACUAAAAAAGACCAGAGGUGGAACAACCUUUACCAUUAAUGACACCUGCAGCUGUGAACACGCCAGGAACACGUUGUGAACACGCCAGGAAUACGUGAACAUGUCAGGAACACGUUGUGACUAUAUCAGGAACACGUUGUGAACACGUCAGGAAGAUGUAAACAUGUCAGGAACACGUGAACACGCCAGGAACACGUGAACACGUCAGGAACACGAGAACACGUCAGGAACACGUCCGGAACACGUUGUGAGCACGUUGUGAACAAGUCAGGAACACGUGAACACGUCAGGAACACGUGAACACGUCCGGAACACGUUGUGAACACGUCAGGAACACGUGAACACGUCCAGAACACAUUGUGAACACGUCAGGAACACGUGAGCACGUUGUGAACAAGUCAGGAACACCAGCACUGUUCUCCAGACGUUCUCCGGAACCUGAGCGGUUCCUAUGCGAGGAUCCCCAGAACUAUGUUUUAUAUGAGAACAUGUGUGAUUUUGAUGUUUUAUACUUUUGUGUCUGAGUUAUUUUCUCACUGGAAAAUAAAACAAAGUUUGAAG